CAUUAUUCGUGACGAAACACAGAUUGAGAUGGGCAUGAAAAAUUUAGAGGGAGCACAAUCGAUUGAUUUGGAAAGAAAUCGAGGAGAAAUGUUAGCCCAAAUAGGUGAAUUAGAAAAACAGAAUGAAACACCUGAAUUUAAAGAAGCCUUAGAACUAUACUUCAAGCCGAGGGGGACAUGGAAUGUGCCAAUUAUUAAGGAUUUAGGUGAUAAAAAGGUAAUGAAUUUCGAAAAAAUAGAAGGUGAUGUAGAAAAAGUAGUUGAUUAUUUUUUGACCUCAAAAGAUAAGCUCACUCCACAUGAUAAAGAGAUUCUGGAGGAUAAAGCCACUGAAUUUUUGAUUAAACAAGAAAACAAAUCACUAAUUGAAAAAGUUAACAGUUUUUUUGAACCAGUGAAUCAAUUAACUUUGGAGAAUAUAAAUGUCUUGAAUGUAGCAGUUGAUCAAUUUUUAACUUUAAAGGAUAAGAACGCUGUGAAAAUUCUGGAGAAGGGAUUAAAUGAAUUCUUGGGAUCACCAAAAGAAAGUGUAUUAAAAAACGUAGUCAGUAAUUCGUCGGAAAGCUUAUUUAAGAAUAAACUAUACUCAGUUUUAGUGCAUAUAACAACUAAAGAGGAUGUGGAAGUUUUAAAAGAAGCAUUAAAAGGCAAAAAAGAUUUGAAAAAAACUGUCGAUGAAUAUCUGACUUUAAAAGCUAAAGAGGUUUUGGAAACAGCAGUAAAUAAACUCCUAACCUUGAAGCGUAAAAAGGUACUAUUGAUAUUAGGUAGCGGAUGCACAGGCAAAUCGACGUUUAAUCGUUAUCUUGCUCGUCGUCUAUGGCAAUCUGUCAAACAAGACAUGACGCAACCCAUUCCUUUAUUUAUCGCAUUAGCGCCAUUAGAAGAAUUUAUAAAUAAAAAUCAAGAUUUUAUUGAAGUCUAUUUGCGGGAAAAAGGCAAACUAACCACGGACCAAAUUAAAGAAUUACGUAAUAGGAAGUUUGUGUUUAUUUUAGAUGGUUAUGAUGAGAUUGCUGAACAUGAACGUCAUUGCUAUCAUAGCAAUAUGUUCUCUAAAUGGAAAAAUGCGAAAAUUAUCAUCAGUUGUCGACCAGAGUACUUAGAUGUAGGCUAUGAAAAAAGGUUCUGGCCUGAAGAAAACGAAGAAAGAGGGUUUCAGGAAAUAACGCUUACACCAUUUUCGUGGAAUGAAAUAAAACAAUAUAUCAUAAGAUAUGUUGAUUACUCCAAGAAGAAUAGUAGGCCACUGCCAUUGAACGCAGAUACAUAUAUACAGCAAAUAAAAAAUAUACCGCAAAUAGAAGAUCUUGUGUGCAAUCCCAUUCUAUUAAAAAUUACUUUGACUGUUUUACCAGACCUUCUCGGAAAAAUAAAAACAUCUCAAAUAAGUCGUAUAGUUCUGUACGACGAAUUUGUUAUGAAAUGGUUUGAGCGUGCUCAAGACCGCUUGCUAAAGAUUCAACUAAAACCUAAAGAACUUAAAGAGUUUAAUCGUUUAAAUGUAGAUUUUACUGAACAUUGUUUACAAUUUGGUAAAGAAUUUGCUUUCAAGAUGUUUAUGGACAAUAACAAAGUAGUUGUAAACUAUGAUCCAAUAAAUGAGAAGAUUACAUCCAACUGGACAAGGCUUUUAGGGAAAACAGAUGAAAAAAUUCGCUUGAUUCGUUUUAGCAUGCCAUUAAUUCGACGUGGAAAUUAA